CUCUCAAGUUGCACAUGGUUUCUGUCUGAGGAGGUUUAGUUUCCUCAGGCUCUGGAUGGGAGAGGGAUGAUGCCAGAAAGCUGCAGGCAGACGCACAUGUUCAACGCUUGAGAGGAGCUCUGGGCAGUUUCCUUCUGAACUAAUACAUUUAAAACCAUUUUUGAAAUAUUCUACAAAUCAGGCUGCAACGGUGCCUUUUUUUUUUUGCCCAUAUGGAAUAAUCCUCUAUGUGGCUGAAUCCUGAGUUGUUUGCUUGUUGUUCACCAGUUUCAAACAUGUGGAAGUAAAACUUUUCGGGACUUUUGGGCGUUCUUCUUUCUUUGGAAAACGUACGAAUGAGUUAGCUGGCACCUCGAAGGUACAUUGCUGACUGCCUUUGUUGUUCCUGGAUGACUGCAACAUCACAACCAUCACAUUGAGCAUCAGCAAACUCAACCACAAGUUGUUUAAAAGGGAUUCUUGAGAGAGGAAUCAUGAAAGACAGCUAUGGUGGAUACGAGAACCAGCUUUUCAAAGAGGAGGAUUUCAAUGGAGAGGAGGAAAUGCCUUCAUUCAGAGGUCGUAGCAGAGGCGGCUGUCUGAGGUGUCAGCAGGGCCACUCUCUCCAGCUGGCUGUCAAAGUCCUCUACGGGUUUGUCGCAUUCCUCAUCAUCACUGUGGCAGUGCUGGCAUCGCUCGUGUUUAGGAAGGUUGACAACCUGUCUGAGGAGGAGUCCGUCUACCACAACAAGAUCACCAGGGCUCAGCAAGGAAUAGAUGAUCUGAGCUCCACCUCUAACUGUUCAGGCUGUCUGGAUGUGACGCUCUACAGCGAGGAGAUCAGCCGACUGAAGAAGGAGUUUGAAGAAAUCCAGAAAAUGAUUCUAGGACAGGAGCAGGUCCUGGACGGGGCCUCCCAGACCCAGACAACACUAAAGACCACCAGCAGCCGGCUGACACGCGACAUGCAGAACCACCUCAUGUCAAUCAAACUCCUCAACCAGUCGCUGGAAAGAUACCUGGAACGAGUGGAGGGCUGGAAGGAAGUGAUUGAGGAAACUGAGGAGAAAAUGAAGACGCUGGCGGAGGAUCAGUACGAGAUCAAAGCCACUUCGCAGCAAGUCAACACGACGGUGGCGCUCAGUACGCUGUGGAUCGAUGCCUUGCAGAGAAAAGCAGAUGAGGAGACGCUGGUCCUCCAGAAGUUGACCACUGACUGGCAGAACUACAGCCGAGUUCUGAGCGCAAUGAAAUCCAACACGAGCAGCACCACACAGAUGAUGCGCUUCCUUCAAAACAACAUCGUAGCAGAUCAACAGAGAAUCGCCAUGUACACCGAGGUGUUCUACGACCUCACCCAGCAGGUGAUGAACCUUCAGAUGCAGCUUGACAAUGUUACCUCUUUCAUGGAUGAACACGAGGAGAACUUGCAUGACCUGCACUAUCAUUCCCGGUACUAUGAGAACCGGACAGGUGAGCGUUUCUCUGCUUUGGAUGGUCGUCUGAACUCCAUCUCCAUGGAGAUCGACACAAUCUCCUCCAGCAUCAACGCCACCGUCAGCCACGUCCAGAGCAUGUACAAGUACAUCAACAUCGAGAGCUCGUCUUGCCAGAGCCGCAUGGGCAGACACUCUGAAGAUCUACAGAACCUCAACAACACAGUGUUGUUACUCCUCCAGUUGGCCGACACACUGAGACAGCAAAACAUUUUGUUGAAUGUCCGUCUGGAUGUGGAUGUCAGGAAUCUGUCCAUGGUGAUGGAGGAGAUGAAGCUGGUGGAUGUGCACCAUACCCAGCUCAUAAAGAACUUCACUAUAAUAAAAGGUGCUCCUGGACUACCUGGGCCAAAAGGGAAUCGCGGUGAGUCGGGUUCAAAAGGACCAAUGGGACUGACUGGGAGUAAAGGUGACCGAGGCCCAUUAGGAACCCGGGGAACCUCCGGAGAAAAGGGUUCUCUUGGGCCCAAAGGAGCUCCAGGUGAAACAGGCCCCAGUGGAAACAGAGGGGCGGUAGGAUACAAAGGAGCUAAAGGGCCUAUUGGCCCGCCUGGACCACGUGGGGAGAAGGGCCAGAAAGGUGACCCUGGCCUACAGGGUUUUGACGGCGCCAAUGGAAACACAGGUUUUUCAGGGAUCCAGGGUCAGGCAGGACUACCGGGCAUCAUUGGGCCACCAGGAGCACGGGGAAAACCAGGGCCAGUAGGGCCGCCUGGACCACCGGGAACCCCUGGGCCUCCAGGCUUGUCAUACCCUCAUACCCGAGUCAACACCCAGCAAGGGGCCGUGACGCCAGCCACUGGGCCCAAGAGACAGUAGGAAGAUGGACCCAGAGGUGAUUUGUCCGAUACAAAGAAGACUCAUUAACCAGAGGAAGGAAAAUCAUCUGUUGUGACCACGGACGCAAUAAUGCUUUUCUAUGGGAUUAACAAGAACUAUCGAGAACUUUAUGAACAAAUGCAACCGUUCAGAUGUGGAAUUGCGCUUUAAGAGAGGCAAUCCCCUGAUUUAAUGACAUGGCCACAUGAAAGGAACCAAGAGGACGGUGUAGAUAAGAGAAAACAGAACUGAACUGUUGUUGAGAAGUGAGGAAGAAGAGGACCUGAAGCCAGAAACGUUUGAACAGAAAAUGAAAAUGGUCAUAUGCUGGAGGAAACUGCUUUCAUGCAACACAUGGGUCUCUUUAUUUCUUUGUCAUUGUCCUGGAAGCUAAAGAAUACGACAAGCUCUGUCCAUAUACAUUAUGAUGACAUAGCAUGCAGUUUUACCAGAAUUAAAAACUAGUUUUACAUCCUAAGAUUGAUGAUAAUGAAAAACACAUCUAUAUUGAAGUCUUGCCUGGUUGAAUGUACUUGAUUGAAAGUGUUUGAGGUUGUUGUCAAACCAACGAAACCUCAUUGGGCGUAAUAAAUAGAGCUGUUAACCAAAGACUUACACUAAAGUGGUGGUGUUUCCCAUCCAAGCUACUCAAAGGCUUACAAUCCCGUUUGGGCUCUUCUAUUCCCGGCACUUUACUGGUUCUUAUUGUGACUUUUAAGGUUUUCUUAUCUUUUGGCAUUUCAGAGCAGGUACUCUGAAGGAGUUUCUUUCCUCUUCUGCACAAAUCUGUUAUUUUAUGAUCAGUGAUUGAAGAAGUAAAGUUUUAGAUUUUCAUGGCUUCUGAAUUUGCGCUCUGAUGGCCUUUAUUUUACAUUGUGUGCAACAUCUGCUUCUAUUGUUGCCGUAAGAAGGAAGAAAGUAGCUCUCUCUUCGACGUAUGUUGACACUUUUUGGUAUGAAGGCUAGGCAGAUCACUCAUUCAAUACAAAAAUGCAUAAUAAUGUCAAGUAAUAACACUAAAAGCAUCAAUGUUGAAAGUAACACUUAAGAAAGCAGAGGAGAGACCAAAGAGGGUUUUUAGAUCUUAUGAAACAAACAUAAAUAACCUUUUAUAUCACAUAAAAAACCUCCUUCAAAAGGGAAACUUACUUUUUUCGCAAACCUGUGUGUUGUAAUGAAAUGCGACUGGCUUGCAUCGAACUUCAAUAAAGCUUUUUUUUUAACUC